CUGGCUCCCAGACUCGGGGCCCCAGGCGGAGGUGGGUCUGCCCACCUAGCAGCUCCUAGGUAGAUACUUCUGGUUGUUCCAACGCUUUGGCGGACGCUGGAAGGCAAGACUCUUUCCUCAUUUGCACCCCAGCAAUCUCGAAUGGAAAACCACUUGCGGGAGGGGGCCUAGACUGCUGUUUGGAAGAAGGGGCAGCCCCCAGGCUCUAUUUAUCCUGGUGGAGAACACACUGGGCUGCCAAAGGCCUGGAAGCACCCCAUUUGACCCUUCUCUCUGAGGAGGUGCACGCCCCUUUCCAAGCGGUGCCUUUGGCUGAGAGUCCGGUUCUCGGUUCCUACUGGCCUCAUAGAGAAAGAAGAAUUUGGAGGUUGAUUGGGUCUGGAGCCGCGUAAAACCCUCUGGUCCUCCCUAUUCAGACCUCCCACGUGCAGCUUUUAGGGGCACAGGCGUCUUUGCAGUUGCCCUGUAGAAGUCUCCUGUUCUCCCAUGCCUACUGGGAGAAAGCAGAGCUCAGCGCAGUCCCCUUUUCUGGGCCCCCAGCCUUGACUAGACUCUUCCGGAAGAGACGUCGACUCACCAGGGCUCCGGGGAGGAAUCCUGAGGUCGGUCCCUCCCAUCCCGGGGUACCCCUGGGGCAGCGAGCUCCCUGUCUCCCCGCGGCGAGCUUCAAAGCCACAAGGAGCGGGAACGGGGAUUCCCUCCGCGCAGGCUCCGGGUGCAUCUCCUGAGCACAAAGGCCACACCCUCACAGACCAGGCGUCGCUGGGAUAGAGCGUUGGCUUCUGCCGAAUUACCUGGACACCUGAGGUACCCAAGCAAGAACAGGAAUAAUGAAGAGUCACAUGUGUUAGUUGCAGCCUUUUGAACCAAGCAAGAAGGAAAUCAACGGUGUGGACAGGGCUGGAACCGUUGCCAUGCUUGCUUGUUGGAGUAAAUGAGGAAUGGGCUUGUGAUUAUGCUGACAUUCCAGCAUGAAUCUGGUAGACCUGUGGUUAACCCGUUCCCUCUCCAUGUGUCUCCUCCUACAAAGUUUUGUUCUUAUGAUACUGUGCUUUCAUUCUGCCAGUAUGUGUCCCAAGGGCUGUCUUUGUUCUUCCUCUGGGGGUUUAAAUGUCACCUGUAGCAAUGCAAAUCUCAAGGAAAUACCUAGAGAUCUUCCUCCUGAGACAGUCUUAUUGUAUCUGGACUCCAAUCAGAUCACAUCUAUCCCCAAUGAGAUUUUUAAGGACCUCCAUCAGCUGAGAGUUCUCAACUUGUCCAAAAAUGGCAUUGAGUUUAUCGAUGAGCAUGCCUUCAAAGGAGUAGCUGAAACUUUGCAGACUCUGGACUUGUCUGACAACCGGAUUCAAAGUGUGCACAAAAAUGCCUUCAAUAACCUGAAGGCGCGGGCCAGAAUCGCCAACAACCCCUGGCACUGCGACUGCACUCUGCAGCAAGUUCUCAGGAGCAUGGCUUCCAAUCAUGAGACAGCCCACAACGUGAUCUGUAAGACUUCUGUGUUGGAUGAACAUGCCGGGAGACCAUUCCUCAAUGCUGCCAAUGAUGCUGACCUUUGUAACCUCCCGAAAAAAACUACCGAUUAUGCCAUGCUGGUCACCAUGUUUGGCUGGUUCACCAUGGUGAUCUCAUAUGUGGUGUAUUACGUGAGGCAAAAUCAGGAGGAUGCGCGGAGACACCUUGAAUACUUGAAAUCCCUGCCAAGCAGGCAAAAGAAAGCCGAUGAACCCGACGACAUUAGCACUGUGGUAUAGUGUCCAAACUGACUGGCAUUGAGAAAGAAACUCGUUUGCGACUGCAGUAGAAUAAGAGGUUUACUUCUCCCGUCCAUUGUCAACAUUUAAAACUUUGUAUCUCAGUUUCUUUUGAAUUUGCCACUGUUGAACUUUUAACAAACAUGACAACAUAACAAAUAAUUUUAGUUUAGGUGACCCACCCCUGAAUUGUACUCCCGGUGGUAUAUUCCUGAGUAAGAUACUCUCUGAACAUUAGUUAGAUCCAUCUCACUAUUUAAUAAUGAAAUUUAUUUUUUUAAUUUAAAACCAAAUAAAAGCUUAAC